AUCAUACCCCAUUUAAGUGAAACAAAUAAGGCUGAAAACCGCUCGAAUAAUAAAGAAAACUCGCCAUUCUGUCUUGGCAUAUCGCCAUUGGAUGCUAUUGAAGUUAUUCAUCAACCACUACAUUCUUGGCUCUGCUACCGUUACUGUUCACUUUUCAUCUCCUCUCUCUCACUCUCAAAAUACAACGAGAGUCUGAGAGAGAGUGAAAAUGGUGAUGUGGGUAUUUGGAUAUGGAUCUCUAAUUUGGAAGCCUGGCUUUAACUAUGAUGAUCGCCUUGUUGGUUUCAUCAAAGGCUAUCGCCGUGUCUUUUAUCAAGGCAGCACUGAUCACAGAGGGACACCAGAAUUUCCAGGUAGAACAGCGACACUGGAGCCUGCUGAAGGAGAAGUUUGUUGGGGUAUUGCCUAUAAGAUAAUGAAGAAGGAAGAUCAAGAAGUUGCACUGACGUACCUUGAAGUCAGGGAAAAGCAAUAUGACAAGAAGGCUUAUGUAGAUCUUUUCACUGAGCCUGCAGCAUCAGAACCAGCUGUUUCUGGUGUAUUAGUAUACAUAGGGUCUCCAGACAAGAAGGUUAACGAGAACUACCUGGGACCUGCAUCAGUUGAAGAAAUAGCUAGUCAAAUCGUUCGUGCAAAAGGCCCCUCAGGACCCAAUAGAGAUUACCUCUUUCAACUUGAAAAAGCCCUUAGCCUCUUAGGAUGUGAAGAUAAACAUGUCAGUGACAUUGCAAAGGAAGCCAGGCGCAUUCUUUCAGAAGAAGUAACCAUCUCAUGAUCUUGCAGAUACCUUGAGCAUUGUCUGAAACAAAUGCCUUAAUUUAGUUCUCCAAGAUGUUGAGAAAUCUAUAUUACUAUAUCUAGACAUAUGACAGACACAUUAUUAUUCUUCGCAACUGGGAGGGAAAAUAAUUGAUUUUCUAUGUCUAAGUUCCUUCAGAUUUCGUGCAUUCUGGAAAAAUAAUGUAGUAUUGGCUUUGACAACCUUCAGUAACAUACUUGAAGUGUCAGACUUGUUCAUAAGAUCGAGAGAUGAUCGAAUUAAUA